CGCCUCCUCCCGCCCGGGGGCCGGGCCGCUGCGGCGGCGGGGGAUGGGGGGGAGUGCGCGGAGCGGGGCCGGGCGGCGGGACGGCUUCGUGCCCGGCUGCGGGAGCCGAGGAGACGGUCCGCCUCAACCCACCCCCCCGCCCCUCCACGCACCCCAGAGGCGCCUCGGCUGCGGGGGGCUACCGGCGGGCAGCCAUGGGCCACCGACCCCCCGCGCCGCCUGGGGCUCCGCUGGCAGCCGGCCCUGCCCCGGCGAGUGCCCGACCCGGCUCCCGGUCCCGGGGCGAGCGGCGGCCCCCGGCCCUGCCCGCCCCGCCCGGGGGAGCCGCCCCCGGCCCCGCCGCGGGAGGAGGAUGGAGCGGAGGCUGCCCCAUGGCGGAGGAUGUUGACCUGAAAGCUUGUCAGGAAGCUUUGGAUGACUGCUGUCCAGUCCAAGGAGAUGAUCGGCGCGAACUGCAAGAGGAGGAGGAGGAAGAAAACAUAAAUCAAGGCAACCGCAACCAUGUAGAUCCCCUUCUCUCCUUCGAGGGCUAUUUACAGCUUCUGUCCUCGCAGGUGGAAAACAUGCUAGAGGUGAGCUUACUGGAAGAUAUACAAGUUGCUACUUCUAGUAGAGGCCGAGACCCAUUAUCCUCACACCACGAUACAAAUGCGACCCAGACACUUCGCCACUGUUUCGGUCGUCAUGAUGCCACGCUACUAAGAACAGAUUACCCCACUCAAUCAGAUUCAGAAACAAGACUUUUACAAAGGCAAGAGUCUUUUCCUCAGUCAAGCUCUAAUAUCACAAAUCCAGGAGCGCUACUUCAUGGGUCAGAUUUGACAGGGCUGUUUUCAGCUGCUGACAUUAGAAGCCCAGCAGCCCAUGAUGAUAAUUUUGAUGAAAUUAAGCUCAUGUCUUUGGCUUUGGAGGAAGGCUUUGAUCCUAUAGAAGUUUCUCAGCUCUUUCAAGAACCUGGCUCAGAUUCAGGACUGUCUUUGAAUUCAAGUCACAGCAUGGCCUCUUACUCAGUCUGCAGUGAAGGUGCUGUUGGGUACAGCAGUGAUGUUAAAUCUGUUUCUCCACAUGGCUUAGAAGCUGUUGGUGGCCAUUGCCAACAACACGCUAAAUAUGACCAUGUGGCAUAUCCAGGUGAUUCAGGGUGUUCUAGAGAAGCCACACUUCAGCAGUUUCUUCAUAACCCCACAUAUAAUCAGAUGCCAAGUCAAGCAGAAUCCACUUCGGAGCAUCAUCAACAGACGUGGAUGGCGAAACCAGGCGAAGUAAAGGAUAAUUGCCACAAUUCUACUGAUACAAACCUUAGUAGCAAUGAACGGUGUGCGAAAGCUAUGAGAACACCAUUUUCGGUUGAUGAAAUUGUGAGCAUGCCUGUCGAGUCCUUCAACAGCAUGCUCGCCAAUAACCAUCUGACAGAUACUCAGGUAUCACUUCUACGUGACAUCAGACGAAGAGGAAAAAACAAAGUUGCUGCCCAGAAUUGUCGUAAACGCAAACUAAAUGCAAUUCUUAACUUGGAAGAAGAUGUGUGUAAUCUUCAAACACAAAAGGAGAGCCUUAAAAAGGAGCACUCGCAGCACAGCCGAUCAAUCAGCCGGAUGAAGCAGAAGUUAAACAACUUGUACCGUGACAUUUUCAGUAGAUUGAGGGAUGACCAGGGUAGACCUGUUAACCCAUGCCAGUAUGUCAUUCAUUGCAGUAGUGAGGGCAGUGUUUUCAUAAUACCCAAACACUUGGUCAAAUCAGAACAGAAACGAGAUAAUGAAAAAGAGCCGAAACAACAAUAACAUGGCUGAGAUCACUUAGGUUUUAUUUUUCCUGAAAGAACGAGAAGGAUAUUUGCGUGAAGACUGGAGGUCAGUGACUACAGUAGUACAGGUGGAAACGACUACAUUUGAGGAAGAAUACAUGUACAAGUGUCUGGCAAACCAAGCAGAUUGUGAUCUGUUAGAAAGUCUACCAGCUGAGAAGCAAACAAGGAAAUACGUUUAGUUUUAACGAGAACCAAAGCAGCUAGGCCAUCAGUACAAGCAGAAUUGCAAAUACUGCAUUUAUAAGCCUAUGUAAAACUAGGAAUUUAGUUUCUGGUGAUGGGGAGGGUGGUGGGGGAGGAAAUGACACAUCAAUAAGGGAAAAAAAGCAAGCUUCAGCUCAGAUACAGAUGGGAGAAAAAUGUUGUUUAGGCCCAAGUACUAGAUUCUUCAUAUACAAAGUGACAUUUUAUUAUUCUUUUUUAGCAGUGGAAGAAAAAUUGUAGCUCAAGUUCAUCUUCACCUGAAAUUCACUGUGGAGUUAUGUAUUCCUAAGAGAUACACCAUGCUUUGCACUUGCUCAGCAGCGUUCUGCGUCUCUCAGCUUUCCUUUGAGGAGAGACACCCAGGGAGCGAUUGCAUUUUUCUCACUACUUCCACCAUCAUAGCUCCAAGCAAACACGAUAUACCAAUUAAUUUUACAGUUCAUAUGGUCAGUAUUGUCUUACCUUCAUCCUCUGCAACGGAAUCAUUCUCAAGUUUCUUUCAUGAAAGUAAGUGAUGGUGAAUGAGUUCCUGUUGUUUCCUAGUCUGGGAUAUAUUUACUUUUAUGCCUUCCCUUGUGGUUACCGUCCUCAAGGAGAAGAAGUACCAAAGAUUUUCCUUUUAGUUUUUAAAAAUAAGUGGUUUUUUUAUAAGUAUCUUCAGCUUUAUGGAUUAUUUUUUUUAAAUUUUCCCCAAAUCUUUAAAGCAAAUUAAAUUGUACUAAAUUACUGUUUAUCUGUACUUGUAAUAACGAGGUUACACUCCAAUAGUGGUUUUGAAUGGAGAGAAGAGCUUUCAGUUUUGUUAUUUAUUUGUGCUACUAAAAAGAAGAUGUUCUAUUCACUUACAUGUUUAUUCCCAACAGCUUAUCCUUUUCUAUUUAAGAACAUAAAAAAAUGGUCUGCAAAAAAACCACCAACCAAACAGCCUAGAAGAGAAACAAGCAUGUAAUGAUAAGGAAGGAAUGUUAAGAGGCAUACUAGUUUGUACGAUACUGAAAUCACUACUAAUAUUAACAACUAGACAGCAACAGAUACUUUUUAUAGCUUUUAUAAACAAAACCCAUAAAAGUGGUAUAAAAAAACCCCCUCUCAUUGUUCUCGGCAUGACGACAGUGUAGCAACUUUAUGGUCGGGUAUGUUAAAAAAAAAGCACUUGCACCAAACACAUGAAAACUACCCGUACACGCAAUACAAGAUACCAAAUGAUACCUUUUGAAGGAAAAAACCUGUGCCCUUAGCGUGUGAAUCAUGUUUGUUUGCACUUAUGUUUACAGUAACUGGUAGCAUCAACUGGCAUUUUCUGAAAAGGAAGCACCGCCUCAGAGCGCGAAAUGCACUGAACAACUGAUGUUGAAAUCAGCCAUUUCACACCAUUUGCUCUGCAUUUUAUAUUAAAAGGUUUCUUUAAAUAUAUGUCUGCAUCUGUUCUUUUACUUAUCAGUUGCACCACAGCCUCAACUUGCUGGAGUAAAUUCGUAGCGGAAACUUUCAUUAUCUGUCUUUUGCUGUUGGUGAAGCAUCGCUGUGAAGCACAUCUCUCCUAACUGGCAUCCACAGAGAAUUUAUUUAAUUGCUAGUUCAUUAACUUCAACCAAAACAUGCAACGGGUAACAGAUACAUACGAUGAACUGUGAACCUCAUGUCUAGUUUGGGGAGGGGGGGGAGCCACCCAGUACAUUUGAGUCAGUGUGAUUUUCACCUUUUAAUUAAAUGACACAAUAAGCAUUUUAAAGUCUAUGGGUGUAGCCUUUGCAGGACCGGGGCUUUAGGUCUGCUUCACGGCCCACAUGUCCAAAUCCGGAUAGAUACUAAACUAGGCCCAUAACUGAUAAAACCAGGAACCCAAGUAUUUCUGGGUUUAGGGCCUCACAGGUUUCUACAGUCUGGGGAGAGGGGAGGCUAAACCCUCCGAUGGCCACCCCUUCAGGAGCAGGAGGAGCGGGCUUCGGGAAAUCACAUUAAGCCAGCCACUAAUGAAGCAAAGCAAACACCCAUUUGGGUGACGGUUACACAGUUAAGUUUUGGCACGUGCUGAAAAUAAGGAAUCACGUUGGAACUCCUUCAGCAAUCCCAAGGGAAGGCAGCGUACUCCAGAUUCCUCUAAAAUCAAGACAGCAGCCCCAACCCUGUCUACUUCCAUUACCUGUAAAUCUCAGCUUGUUCCACAACCUUUUUUUUUUUUUUUCAGAAGCUUAUGUAGGAAACUCAACUAGCAACUAUACCACUACAAAAUCUGUCGGGUGAAUUAGUAAUUUUGGGUGGACUGAGAGUUGUAACAGCGCUGAGGAUGCAGACACUGAGCUUGUGUGAUUUUUUCCAAGCCUCCAGCUACCUACCCACAUUUCAGAUAAAAUUGUGGGCAGAAUUCAAAACAAUGCCCUAUUUUUUUCAAUUUUAGUAGACAGCCAUUACAUUUCGCCUAAGAACUGUUGAUACCUUUUGAAGUGUCUUCCCUUUCUGUGACUAGCCUCUGUUUAAAGAAAAACAAAAAUAACCCCAAACAUUGCUUAGACUUGACUAUGCCUCACAUUUUCACAUCCUUCAAUUAUUGGUGAAAAUCAGACUAGACAGGUAAGGAAAAAGUAGGUUUUAUAGCAAGCUUUCCUCCCAAGGGUUCCUGAAACUACUUUUAAUAUGCUUCAUAUAAUGGCCUUAGACUGUAUUUUCAAGCUACAUACAAGGAGGAGACACCGCACAGGAGUCAAAGAGCUACUGAGAAGAGCAGUCUAAAGAAAACUCGUUAACUGAAAUAGCUGUAAAAGGUAGGAAACGGCUGACUGAAAUCGGUCUCAUCCUCCUUACUGAUCAUAACUUUCAAGAAACCAAAAGCAUACAAACCGGGAACUACACGAUAUAAAGACACGAUGGGGCAUCAAACUGGCUCUGGGGUCAGGCAUCUAGGGAAAAAGCUCUUAGGGCAGCAUCCUGCCUUACUGGAUACUAACAUGGAGAAAAGCAGCUCUGAGGUAAAGACUGAAAACAUUUUUUUUAAAGACUGAAAACAUUUUUUUUAAAGAUUUGUUACACUGCUAGAAAAUUGCAAAGCUGAGGAUCACAGAUUCAGCUGUUGAUGUAGCAACAAAUAAUGCAAAUACCAACGUGGGUGUUCUCAUUAUCGUUCCCAUGGUAAAGCUAUUAAGGAGUCUGUAACAUUCGAGUAGCAAACUGUGUUUUUGUUACACUAAUAAUGAGAAGAGCUUAUCUGCAGGAGGUUAGAAAAGGUCAGAUGAAGUAUAGAGAAAAACAGCGCAUGGUAAGGAAAUCACGAAGCACACAGCUUACCUUCCCCGUCAUUGCUGGUAGCAACGCGCACUGGCGCUACGGAACAGCAUUGGCCACUAGCUGCUCUUAGAGCCGUACUUCUGGAGAAGCAUCCAUUAGAAACAACCACAAGUGUCGUACUUUAUUGAACUGCAACGGCCCCAGCAUCGUUUAUGACACUAGGGCUGGACACCGGUGUGCAGGCACGCUGCAAAGGAGCCCCCAGAGAAGAGACACGGCGUACUGCUGUGACACCACACACGCUUUGAGCCACCACCAACAGCGCUGAAGUGCAGCUUCAGCUUCACGUUUUGGUUUUAUUCAAUAGACUCGGCUUUUUACAGAAGUUUUACAAGCUAAGAUUGCUCCUGCUCAAGAGCUUACAAUCUAGUUUUAGAUGGGGUAAACCAGAGUAACAAACAAAGGACAAAGCAACUUCAUCAAGAUCCGUUUGUCAGUGUUAACAGCUCAGGUUUUGUCCCAAAAUACCCACGCUACACUCCCGGCUUGUGGGAGUCAGAAGUGCAGUUUUAACGAGAAUCUUGAGGACAGAGCAGGUAGAGGCCUAUAAAUGAGACAACAGGACACUCGGCACCAGGUUCUAGUGAAAAAACUGUUUAUUAAAUAGAGAUGACACAGGUAACCAUGUGAAGUCUUAUUACUGUAGCG